AUGUAUAGAGAUCUCUACUGUGCUGUGCCUGGCUGGCGGAAAGAUGAUCAGCAGGCAGAGGGCAACACUAAUGUCUUGCUUAUUGAUCAGGCUGACUCUGUUUCAAGUCCAGAAGGAAAACAGGUAGAUGUUGUAGUCUUCACCAGUGUCGUUUCAGCUGAAGAAGGUGAAUAUAAACCUGUUGGAAACUUCAAGGGAUUUUUCGGAGCCGUGUUGAUGGCAAUUUCGCUGACUGUAAAGUUGACUCAUCCAAACUCAACGCCAGCUGUCAACAUUCAGCGUAAAGUCACUGGUAACCACUACUCAUCUGAGAGGACGGCCGAUGAUGCCUGUGUCCUUUCUGCCAUCUCUGUUAGUUCAAUGCUAGUAUAUGGAGCAAUUCCUUAUCAGCUGGGUUGGCUGAUUCCAUUCUUCUGUUCCCAGCUUUUUGACUUAGUUCUCAGUUGUCUGGUUGCUAGCAGUUCUCUCAUUUAUUUGCCAAGAAUCAAAGAAUAUCUGGAUCAAUUACCUGAUUUUCCCUACAAAGAUGACCUCCUGGCAUUGGACUCCAGCUGCCUGCUAUUCAUUGCUCUUGUGUUCUUUUUGGUAUUUAUCAUUUUUAAGGCUUACCUGAUUAACUGUGUUUUGAACUGCUACAAAUAUAUCAACAACAGAAACGUGCCAGAGAUUGCCGUGUACCCUGCCUUUGAAGCACUUCCACAGUAUGUUUUGUUUUGCCAACCUACUAAUGAAAUGGCAGUGAAGAUGCCUGAGAAGGAACCACCGCCUCCUUACUUACCUGCCUGAAGACGCUCUGCCUCUGUCAAUAAACCCUAUACCAGCUU